UGUAAUUCUGGUUACCAUGCCCAGGCCUAAAGAUUACAACACACUUAUUUUGGAUUAUUUUGAUUGUACAAAUACGUCCGUAAGGGCAUCUGCCACACCGGUUCUACCUCAUCUGAAACCUGUACAAGCAAGCUACAGUAACAUAAGACAAAGCUCCUCUUUGUGGGUCAGUGAUGCAGCGGGAGUGACGCAGCAGUGGCAGAAGGCAACUAUACACAGCAAUAAGAGGAACAGGGAACUUUUGCCAGAACUAUAGGCCACAGACAGCUACCAGACAACUGUGACGAGGGAAGAUGGUAAAGGCCUGAUCUAGACCAAAGGGAGAACGGGAGCCGGCUGGUCACUCUCCUUUCCUCCUCCAAACAAACACCAGAGAGACUUCCACAGCGGCAGAGACAGGCCCAGCAAGACCAUCCGCACAGACACAUUUUGAUGACUGUGGUGUCUCCCUGCACUCAGAACCUGAUGGAUAGUUCUCACCCUCACACCGUGUUAAGCAAGCUCAAUGAGCAGCGCUCACAAGGCCUUUUCUGUGAUGUAACCAUUGUGGUGGAGGAUGUUAAGUUUCGGGCCCACAAGAACAUCCUGGCAGCCUGCAGUGGGUACUUCAGAAGUGCUCUGAUGACCCCUGAGACUUGGAGCUCUAGCCAAGUACUGGAGCUAAUGGACCUGAAGUCAGAGGUGUUCGCCAGUAUCCUUAACUUCAUCUACUGCUCGAAGGUGACAACAGCUGCUGCAAAGGACACAAAGGGCCUAGUGGCAGCAGGAAAAAGAUUUGGUAUUCCUUUCUUAGAGAAGCUUGCAGAACAAGAGAGAAUGGACUCAGGCAUAACUCAAAACCUACCCGAAUGUGUUAAUUCCACAGACUCCAGCGCAGCCCCAGUGCCUACAAAAACAAAAAAGGAAGCCCCUAGGGCGGAGGAGAUAGACAGUGCCAGAGGGCCACGCAUCACCAAUGCCUUCUCCAUCAAUGAAGUGUGUCCCGGGAACAAUCCUUUCACCCCUCUGGUUCAAACCAAUGAUAGCAGGCAGUCACCAGAUGUGGGGCAGCUCCCAGCAAACUGCCCUACAACCUCCUGCCUUAAUGGGAACAAUGAGACCACCCAUGCCCUCUCAGAGCACUCAUAUGCAGUAAGCCAAGCCACUGAAGAAAAAGAUAACAAUCAGUUUGACAACAAAAAGGUCUGCAAGCCAGCAAUAUCACAGCCAAAGCAACUCAUGUACCGAAAUGCCGGUCCACUCAAAAAGCGUCACAGGCUGAGAGGCACUUUGUGUAGAAAUAUACUUCCAGCACCAGCUGAACCACAUACAGAUAAACCAAAUACUAUCACCCCCAUAUUAGCUGAUAGUGCUACCACAGCACCUGUUGUAGUCAUGACACCACCUCCACUUUUUUCAGAGGCAGAAACAGACAAGUGUACAGACACAGUGCCUCCUGUGGCCACUGACAAUGUCCAAAUGGACUUAGGUCCACCAACGCUUUCUCCUCACACAGAAGAUAGCAUCUCAAUCUACGGAUGUGAGCACUGUCCAGAGAUAUUCACAAAUAAAGCUCUUCUCACCAUUCACUCAGAGGUGCAUAAAAAGCGUUUUGUUAGUCAUUUGUUUUGCAAGUUUUGUCACAGAAAGUUCAUACACCUCAAACGGCUGCGCAACCACGAGCAGAUCUGUCCCAAGCCUGCGAGAGGCCCACCAAAACUAGAUACCAGUGACACAUUGGCUAAAGAGGGGGACCUCCAUUCAGCUGACAUGCCACAUGUGGAGAACAUCAUGACACAGCUUCCCUCUGCUGACCUCUCCGCCCCUUAUAGUCCAGAGCCUCUUCAAAUGGACCAAUCAGAACCUACUCAGGAUGAGAAGACAAUAAGGUCAGGUGGCAGUCAGAAAAGAUACAACUGCAGUGUCUGUAAACGAGUGUAUGUGACCCUAUCCAGUCUGAAGAGGCAUGAGAAUGUACAUUCCUGGCAGAGGGCCUAUCCUUGUCAUUAUUGUAAUAAAGUGUUUGCCUUGGCAGAGUAUCGUACCAAGCAUGAACUCUGGCACACGGGUGAACGCCGCUAUCAGUGCAUUUUUUGCCUGGAAACGUUCAUGACAUACUAUAUCUUAAAGAACCAUCAGAAGUCUUUUCAUGGCAUUGAUCCCACACUAGCUGUGAAGAAAAAAUCUGCCAAUGGUGGGCUGAAAGCCAGUGUUUACCCAAUCAAACUCUACAGGCUCCUACCUAUGAAGUUUAGAAAGAGGCAAUACAAGACAUACAGCGAGACGUAUUCAGAGGCUGCUGAAAGAGACGAUCAAGCUCCAUUGGAUAGCAACUCUCUUAUCCCUCCAUUUGAAAAAAAUGGUAUGAUCAGCCACUCUGACGCUGUUUCAUUCCCUCUGACAUUCAUGGCAACAACUAAAACAGUGUCCCCCGUCAUGCCUCGCAUCAGCUUUGACAAACCAUAUGACCAAGAUGUUGACCAAAGUUUGAACAAUGAAUCGGAAAACUUCACCUGCAGCCUCCCUCUGCAGCAUGACACAGAGUCUUCUGCAGAGGGUCAGAAAGAUGAUCCUCUUGAUCUGAUUAACUCACAGCACAUCACUCAUAAUGCACCAUUUUUAAACUCUUUGAACACUGUUAAAAAGCUAGGUGAGUUAUCAGCUUCUGCAAAAAGAGUUGAGGAUAUGACAAAGGAGAUACUUCAGUCAAGCACUGACAAUCUAGUACUUGAUAAAAAGGUGGGGGCAAAGACAGAGACAUACUUUGCCAAACCUGCAUGUCCUGGUCCUUCAGCGGAUGGUGAUACAAUGCCUCUCUGCCAGAUAACAGUGAAAAUAGGCAAUGAAGCCAUCAUCCGCCGCAGAAUCAAAGGAUCCAAGCUCUUCCCAAGAAAGAAAAGGAGAAUCAGAGAAUUGAAUGAAGUAGAAAGUCAACACUCUCCAAUACAGGACAACUCAGAGAGCCCCAGGCUUCGCCUCAGACCAGAAGUUACUGCCGCCACAGCUCCCAGGACAUAUGAUGAUCCCAACGACUGUGACACAGCUGAUAAGCUCUGGCGUCCCUACUAUUCUUACAAAGCUAAAAAGAAGACAAAGAAGCGGAGAUUCAAGCACAGAAAAGCUUUGUAUCACCAUUAUUCUGAAACAUCUGUAGAUAGAGCUACUGCCAGUGAGGCCCAACUGGAAAGCUGGCGGACAGAAGAGAGCAUCUCAAGUGGUAGUGGAGAGCUGAAGCGUAUUGUUAGCAGGAACUGCAGUCCGAGGGCCACCUACAACUGUGACAUCUGUGACAGCUCGUUUAUCACAGAGACUGGUUUGAGAGCACACAUUAUUGGUUCCCACCCAUGUUUCUGCCGGACUUGUGGUAAACAAGGUCCCCCGGGUGAAGCACCUGCUGGCAGCGAUUACAUCUGCAACAGUUGUAUGGAGAACGGCUCCUGCUUUGAUAACACACCACGGAGCCCCAACCAAGAGAAAAAGUAUCGCUGCUCUUUCUGUCCUCAGCGUUUUCUCUACCUUGCCACCAAGAGAAGCCAUGAGAGAAAACACCAGGAGACAACGGAGGAGGGAUACAAUUAUGACAACUUCAUACCAUGUUCUAAAUACUCAGCACACCUGACUGAAGACGAUAAACAAGACUCUAUCAAAACAGAGGACACUGACAAUCAAGACAGAAUUGACAUGAAAAGUGAAAAGGUGGAAGGAGGACAUUUUUCCUUCGAUAAAAUUAAGCCUAAAAUUGAGGAAUCAACUGACUUUAUGUCUUUGACUCCAUACCAGGACAUGUCCUUUUCCAACAUUAAAAGUCCAUUAUCACCCUGCAGUUACUCACGGUUCUCUCUGACACCCUCAAAGGUGAAACACAAAAUGGCCAGAAAACGAAUCAGUGCAGUGCAUUCUGUGCAUCUCACUUCAAAAAAAAUGGCCUGUGACCGAGACAAAGACAGCAACAAGGAUAGUUUGAUGGGGCCAAGAACAAACAGUCACCAUGAUCAUGAAAAGUCCUGUAAAUUGUCUGGGAGAAAUGACUCUGACUCUAAAGGUUCCCACAUUUCUAUACACAAACCAGAGAAAUGGGUGUGCAAAGAAGAGCCGUUCUUUUAAAGCCCUCUGAGGACGGAAGCCAGCUUUAGGCAAAAGAGAAAGUAAAUCAAACUUGGCUUUGAGCCACUGCUUUGAUUUGUAAAUGAAAGGGUUGUAAUAUUUUCUUUGUGGCAGCGUUCAAUAAUGUUCUUACAGGACAACAAAUGCUGAACAUGCAGAUCUAAUGUCAGUGUAAGCUGUAAUACCUUCCCUCCUAAACUCAACAGACUAAGUGAUUUUUCACCUUUGUAGAAGAUAUUUUUUGGAUAAUAUAGGACCUUCUGACACAGACUGUACUUUUUCCAUUGUCUAUGCAUAUAAGGCAGACUCAGUGACAUGGCUGUAACAUCAAGAAAAUAAAUAAAUGUUACUUCAGAGUACGAUGAAUUCACAAUUUAAAACAAUGUGCAAUUUGGAACAGGGGUGGCACUUUUUAAUGUAUGUAUGUGGAGAACAAUGAGUCCUGCAACUGUCACAUUUCUGAGUCUUCCGUUCAGUUAACUGGACAUGGUGAGUUGCACUUUAUAUAGUUAGACUAUGCUAAUCUGUUGGUUAAAUAAUUUGAUAAUUCAAUUACAAUUCUGAGCAUCAUUGUUAUAAUUCUAAUUUCUACCACAUGGCACCAUUGAGAUUCAAGUUACUACUUUUGUGUGUUUAAUAUGUAUAAAAUCUGUCAAA